AUGUCGCAGCACCCCACCCAGUCGACGGUUGCGCCGUGGAAAAAGACGUUCCAGGAUCACCUGGACAAGUCCGGCGGGCCCAGCGCCGAGUUCGUCCUCGCGACGGUGACGCCCAAGGGCGAGCCGCGCGCGCGGACCUGCAUCUUCCGCGGCUUCUGGGCGACGCUGCCGGAGAACGAGCACAACAAGCUGCCGCGCAACCCGGCCGUGUACGAGUCCGACUGCCCGACGUUCACGACGGACGCCCGCAUGGACAAGACGUACCACGUGUUCGCGACGGGCAAGGGCCACGGCGACGUGGCGCAGUCGCGCUCCGGCACCGGCGGCGGCGGGCCCGUCGAGGCCGUCUUCUGGUUCAAGCAGACCAACACGCAGUGGCGCAUCCGGGGCAGGUGUUGGCUCGUGGCCGCGGACGACAUCGAGGGCGGCACACCGGAGGCACAGAAUUCCGGCACCAUGACCGUCAAGGCCGAGGUGCAGCGGUAUAUGCGCACCACCACCACGACGAGGAGGGAGGACGCGGACCACCAAAACUGGUCCUGGCGACGCGAGCUGGAGAAUUACUUUGAGAACCUGUCGCCCAUGAUGCGCGGGUCGUUCAAGAAUCCACCGCCGGGCCAGCCCUUGGCGGACGGCAAGGAUGACCGGGCGGGAGAGGCGCUGGGGCAAAAGGCAGGUCAUUUGGCGGACGAGCCGUUGGCGAGGAAGAAUUUCCGCGUCGCCAUCAUUACGCCGGAGCAGGUCGAGGCCGUAGACUUGACGGAUCCGGCAAACGCCACGAGGCAGAUUUGGACGUUGGAUAAGGAGCACGGCGGUCCGGGCGGUCCAGUGCCCAGUGAGUCGGUCGGAGAGUGGAAUCGGGUCGAGACGUGGCCUUGA